ACAUCUUCCCAUUGGUCGGAAGGUAGGAGGUUUCAAGGCGCCCCGCGGAGAAGCGCUAGGAGCCGUGAAUGAAGGGCUGCUUGAAACCGUUUUAUCAUUACUGUGCGGCAAUGUGGAGUCAGCGUAUCAACUUUACAGAGAUAGAGCUGCAGAUUCAACAGGAGUGGCGGAGAAAGUUUCUUACAUUGUGUUGUAAGGGAGAGGAGGGCCGAGCUCAAAAGGAGGCAGAUGUUUUGGGAUUCUGAUGAUGAAAUAUGUGGAGUAGUCUCGAAAAAGGGGUCAUGAAUACCUGAACGCAAAACUCCGAACUGGAGGAUAGUUUGUGAUUCGCCUUGUAGCCUACGAGUGGUCGGACACGUCUGGAGUUCCAGAUCGGCUUGGAGGAAUAUCACAUUGUAGCACAAGUUUCGCGGAACACGAAAAUUCUAAUAAUCAAUGAUGGCGGUACGGGAAGUCAGUCUAUGCCUCGUAUUCAUCACAACGCUUCUGCUUAGACUGUCUUCCGCCCAGUAUCAUGGAGAGAAGGGCAUCUCCGUCCCAGAGCACGGCUUCUGCCAACCCAUAUCUAUCCCACUGUGCACAGACAUCCAAUAUAACCAAACCAUCAUGCCAAACCUUCUGGGACACACCAACCAGGAGGACGCAGGACUGGAGGUGCACCAGUUCUACCCUCUGGUCAAAGUCCAGUGUUCUCAAGAUUUAAAGUUUUUCCUCUGUUCCAUGUAUGCGCCGGUGUGUACAGUCCUAGAACAGGCAAUCCCACCCUGUCGCUCUCUCUGCGAGCGUGCAAGACAAGGGUGCGAGGCCCUCAUGAACAAGUUCGGCUUCCAGUGGCCCGAACGACUCCGCUGUGAGAACUUUCCAGUACACGGCUCUGGAGAAAUCUGCGUGGGACAGAACAAAUCUGACCCUGAUAUCCCGACAACAGACCCCACGCCGUAUAUCCCGGACCCGUUCACCCCACGCAUGCAUUCGCCACGACUAAGUCAGGCUUUCACAUGCCCUCUUCAACUCACAGUCCCUUCCUACCUCAACUACCAGUUUUUGGGGGCGAAAAACUGCGGCGCCCCUUGCGAGCACAAACAGCCGCACGGCCUGAUGUACUUUAAGGAGGAAGAGGUGCGAUUCGGACGGCUCUGGGUGGGAAUCUGGGCUAUUUUGUGCUGUGUGAGUACUCUGUUCACGGUUCUCACUUACCUUGUGGAUAUGCGCCGAUUCCGUUACCCAGAGCGCCCUAUCAUCUUUCUCUCCGGGUGUUACUUCAUGGUGGCAGUGGCUUAUGCAGCCGGGUUUUUGCUGGAGGAUAAAGUAGUCUGCAUUGACAAGUUCAGGGAUGACGCUUAUAGGACAGUGGCUCAAGGGACUAAAAAGGAGGGGUGCACCAUUCUCUUCAUGAUCCUGUAUUUCUUUGGCAUGGCCAGCUCAAUCUGGUGGGUGAUCUUGUCUCUCACAUGGUUCCUAUCUGCUGGAAUGAAAUGGGGCCAUGAAGCUAUAGAAGCCAACUCUCAAUAUUUCCACCUAGCGGCAUGGGCCGUCCCGGCUGUGAAGACCAUAACCAUCCUCGCUUUGGGACAAGUGGAUGGCGACCUUCUGACCGGCGUAUGCUAUGUGGGCAUCUACAACGUUGACGCCCUACGUGGAUUCGUUCUCGCCCCUCUCUUCGUUUACCUCUUCAUCGGAACGUCUUUUCUUCUGGCUGGAUUUGUCUCGUUGUUCCGCAUCCGUACUAUUAUGAAGCAUGAUGGCACCAAAACAGAAAAGCUAGAGAAGCUAAUGGUGCGCAUCGGCGUUUUCAGCGUCCUCUACACCGUUCCGGCUACCAUCGUCAUCGCGUGUUAUUUCUACGAGCAAGCGUUUCGUGAACAAUGGGAGAAAACCUGGCACAUGCAGACGUGCAAGCGCUUUGCCGUGCCGUGCCCGGCCAACAACUUUGCGCCCAUGACGCCGGAUUUCACUGUGUUUAUGAUCAAGUACCUCAUGACUAUGAUUGUAGGAAUCACGUCAGGAUUCUGGAUCUGGUCUGGAAAAACUCUACAGUCCUGGCGCAAGUUUUACAAGCGGCUGGGCAACAACCAGGGCGAGACGACAGUGUGAACUGAACUUUGUGAGAAAUAAAGGUCAAUAUUGAACAGGUCACAUGCUACGUUGAACCAUGCUGAUGGUAAAAGACACUGCUGUGGGAGCCCAGCAUGAUGCUUUUCUCAUUUAAAAAGUGCCCAACACUGAAAGCACAACUCCAAAGAACAUGCAUUUCUCCAAUGGACUGAAUUUCAAAAUGUUUUUAAACUUUAAGCCUUGGAAACCCUAAUUAUUAAGAUGGCAGAACUCUUAUUUUUAAUGAUGACUUCGGUUAUCAGGAGUACAUAUGCCAUGUUUUCUUCACCCCGGGCGGCUAAAAAUGUCUGCGUUUAGUCCUGUGCCUUGCAGGAGUGAUCAAUUCCUGUCACUGAAUGAAUGUCUCUUUUGUUUUUACCACAUUUUUGGUCAUUUUCUCAUAGAUUACAUAUUUAGUAUUUGAUUGCACAUGGCCAUUUAUUUAGAUUUUAGAACUAGUUCAAUUUAAUGUUCUUCGGUCAUGAGUUGCUUAUUCAUCCAUGUUGCCAUAUCAAGCCAGGUCUCAUGAAGUAAUUUAAUAUUCUGCCAUUUUAAAGGCCUUAGCAUUGUGAAAAAGUGACUGACAGGAUGAAAAAUGUUUGUUACCAUAUUUCAUUAUUUGUAAAUAUCACAUUUCUGUCAAAAGAUGUAUGAUGUAUUUAAGCAGAUGAAUUUUGUUUAAGGCCUUUUUCAAUUUCACUUAAUAAAGUGAUUAGAU